CACCUUCCGGGUGAGCCGGAAGUGACCUGAAGCGGAACGGUUGCUAUGGCUGCGGCAGGGCGCGCGGCGGAGGAGGGAAGAUGGCGGUGACAGGGUGGCUGGAGAGUCUGCGGGCUGCGGAGAAGACGGCGCUGCUGCAGGACGGGAGAAGGAAGGUGCACUAUUUGUUCCCAGAUGGAAAGGAAAUGGCUGAAGAAUAUGAUGAGAAGACAAGUGAAUUACUUGUGAGAAAGUGGCGUGUGAAAAGUGCCCUUGGAGCCUUGGGCCAGUGGCAGACUGAGGUGGGAGAGCCAGCAACUGGAGCAGGGGGCCUGGGGCCUGAACUCAUCAAGGAAAGCAACGCCAGUCCUAUCUUCAUGCGCAAGGACACAAAGAUGAGUUUCCAGUGGCGGAUCCGAAACCUUCCCUACCCUAAGGAUGUCUACAGUGUCAUUGUGGACCAGGAGGAGCGCUGCAUUGUCGUCAGGACAACCAACAAAAAGUAUUACAAGAAGUUCCCCAUUCCUGACCUAGACAGAUGCCAGCUGCCUCUGGAGGAUUCCUCGCUGAGCUUUGCUCAUGCCAACUGCACCCUGAUCAUCUCCUACCAGAAGCCAAAGGAGGUUCUGUUGGCUGAGGCAGAGUUGCAGAAGGAGCUGAAGAAGGUAAAGACAGCACACAGCGGUGAUGGGGACUGCAAGACACAGUGACGGAGCCCUGGGUGUGUGCUUGCUCUGCCCCUCUGCCAGGGGCUUUGUGUUGGCGGCAGCCUCUCCUCUUCAGGGAGCUGGCCAGGCCACUGGGGAACUGGGCCGGUGGCAUCCUGACUCACUGUGGGUAGACUACCCUCUCAUCCACUUCUGCAUGCUCCUCUUCCUGAGGAGAUGCUGUGACAUCCCCUUCUCUCUGGGAACCUUCAGCCUCAUGUCUAGACCAGAAGGGACACUCUGCCUCCUCAACUAGCAGAAGUGGCCCAGAGGAAUGCCUUCAGAGAGGUGUGGGCAAGGGAGACAUUCUUAAAAUACAUAA